UGUAACACAUAGAAGUGGGAGGAUCAUUUAAUAUGUAAAUGACUGUGUUGAUGUCACUGAUGGAUACAUAAGUGAGAACAUUUAGUUGAAGACAUUUUAUUUUCCACAUUGUUCCAGUACAACUUCAACAACACAGCCAUGGGAGCAGAACAGUCCAAAGCAAAACCAGCUCCACUUCUCAGCGAACCAUGGAGGCAGAUUGACUGGGGAGACCAACAGAGAGAUCUGCAGUUUGUGAAGACCUACAAACCUCAGACUGAAGGUCAGCAGCUCAAGAUUCUUCUUCAUGGUCCAGUUGGAGCUGGAAAGUCCAGUUUCAUCAACUCGGUCCAAAGUGUCUUACAUGCUAGAAUGUACAGACAGGCUUUGGCGGACAACAUUUCUCAUGACAGUUUCACCAAACAGUACGAAACCUUCAAGGUCCAAAAAGAAAGCUCUGAUACCGUCUAUCCUUUUGUCUUCAAUGACAUCAUGGGCCUGGAUCCAAACAAAGGUGUCCUGGUUGAUGACAUCAAACUGGCUUUGAGGGGACACAUAAAGGAUGGAUACAGGGUACAGUAGCUGAAA